CUAAGUCGUCUUCUAGCUCAGCAGAAUUCCUUCUCUUUUAGGGUGUCAUAAUGUAUAGCAAAUUGAUAAUUCUGGCAGCCCUGGUGGCGAUCAGUGUGGCCGCCCCGCAGCGGCGACUUCCGGCGGGAUCUCCCGAGUCACAGGCGGUGAUUCUGGCGCAAGAUUCGAACCUGGAACCGAACGGAGCGUACAGCUAUCGGUACGAGACUAGCAACGGAAUAGCUGCCCAGCAGUCGAGCUAUGAUGGGGCUAACGCCGCUGGAGAGUAUUCGUACACCGGUCAGGAUGGAGUUCUGUAUCGGGUGGUUUACAACGCGGACGUCAACGGAUUCCAGCCACAGGGAGCUCACCUUCCGGUGGAACCCCCAGUACCGGAUCAUGUCCUGAAGGGACUCGAGGACAUCCGACGCAAUCCCCCACGGGAUCCCGAGUUCAACCUGGCAGCCCUGGACGCCACCAUCGCCCGGCUGCGGGCCACCCUAGGUUGAGGUCACCAAAAAGUAAAACGAAAACUCCAUCCAAAUUGACCUUCGUUAUCGUUGUUUAAUUCUGUGUGUCAAUAAAUUAAAAAGUUUGAACCGUGUCA